CCAGGGGCAGGAAUUGUACCCUGACUGACAGGCAGAGCUCCGCCCUCCGCCUUUCUGUUCCCGCCCCUUGGCCAGCUGUCUGUCAAUUGGUGGAUUCUCCUGUCAGCCUCGGAACUCCUCAGAAGGACGAACGGCGGCGGUGGCUGCAGAGCCACAGGAUUCUGGACCAUGAGUACAGGCGAAACCUUCAAGACCAGCGAGACUUUCUAGGCUCAGCCCGUGAGACCCCAUAUCCCCUAAAUUAGAUUCGGACCCCCUCAGCGUGACACAAGUGCGCGCUCACACGCACACGCCCCGUCACCUCAGCUUCUCCAAGUGCCCUUUGGCUUAGGUCCCAAAUGCACCUGUGCAGAACCAACCCACCCUCUGCCUGAGGAACCUGGUAGCUCGCCUCAGAGACUAAAUUUCCAGACAGGAAACCUGGACUCUUAGCGUAGAGACCCUCCUAAGUUCCAGAGACUCUAAACGCCCUUAGACUCGAGGACCUGUCACUCCUUAAGAUAGGCUUCCAAGGUCCUAAAUGCUCUCAUCCAGCAGGACCCUAACUAUCUUCAACAUGACAAACCCCAAAUCUUCUUGACAUAAUCGUCAAAUCUUGUCAGUUUGCAAGCCCCCAAACCUUAUUUCACAGCCUGAAAGACUCCCCUAGCCUACAAACCCAAUUCCCUUAAUCUGAUGAACCCCAAUCCUCAGCCCGAGGUUUCCUAAAUUAAAAUCUCAGCCAGAGGGUCCCUAAAUUUUCACCAGAGGGACUUCAAUCCCGUAUACUCAGGAUUCCCGAAUCCGUCUACCUGAAAACAUCUCUCAGACCCAAGUGCUCUGCCCUGACUGACUCCUUGGGCCAGAUGAAGAGAAGUGGAGGUGGUGGCGGGGGGGGGGUGUGUGGACCCCAAUUGGCGGGAAGAAUCUUUCUUCACUUGCUGUUGCAGGCCCUGACCCGGAUGUAGGGUCGGUGCCUAGGUUUAGGGGUCAGUCCAGAAUCGGAGUCUGAAGAAGCCGCUGUGAUGGCUGCAUGGAUUCCCAGCCUCCAGCUCCUUCCCAUGUGCUGGUGGGCAUCCCUGCUCGCCCUUAGUUAGUUCUUCAUCCAUAGGACCAUAGGACCCUGAUCUUCUCCAGGGAAAUGUCCCGCACCAUGAACACCAACAAGCCGGAAGAGAAUAGUACUGAAGGAGAUGCAGGGAAACUCGAGUGGAAACCCAAGGUCAAAGAUGAGUUCAAAGACAUUUCCAUAUACUUCUCCAAAGAAGAAUGGGCAGAGAUGGGAGAGUGGGAGAAAAUUCGCUAUAGAAAUGUGAAAAGGAACUAUAAAAUGCUGAUUUCUAUAGGUCUCAGAGCCCCUAGACCAGCUUUCAUGUGUUACCAAAGGCAGGCAAUCAAGCCCCAGAUAAAUGACAAUGAGGAUUCUGAUGAGGAAUGGACACCAAAGCAGCAAGUCAGUUCUCCUUGGGUGCCUUUCCGGGUGAAGCACAGUAAACAACAGAAGGAAACACCCAGAAUGCCAUUAAGUGAUAAAUCUAGUGUGAAGGAAGUAUUUGGAAUAGAAAAUUUGCUGAACACAAGUGGCUCAGAGCAUGCCCAGAAACCAGUGUGCUCCCCUGAAGAAGGGAAUACCUCCGGACAGCACUUUGGAAAAAAACUGAAACUCAGGAGAAAGAAUGUUGAAGUGAAUAGGUACAGGCUGCGAGAGAGAAAGGACCUUGCAUAUGAAGAGGUCAGCGAGCCCCAGGAUGAUGACUACCUCUAUUGUGAGAAGUGCCAGAAUUUCUUCAUCGACAGUUGUCCCAACCAUGGGCCUCCUGUAUUUGUAAAAGACAGUGUGGUGGACAGGGGGCAUCCCAACCACUCAGUCCUCAGUCUGCCCCCUGGGCUGAGAAUUGGUCCAUCAGGCAUCCCUGAAGCUGGACUUGGAGUAUGGAAUGAAGCAUCUGAUCUACCAGUGGGUCUGCACUUUGGUCCCUAUAAGGGCCAGAUUACAGAGGAUGAAGAGGCAGCCAACAGUGGAUACUCCUGGCUGAUCACCAAGGGAAGAAACUGCUAUGAGUAUGUGGAUGGGCAGGAUGAGUCCCAAGCCAACUGGAUGAGGUAUGUGAACUGUGCCCGGGAUGACGAAGAGCAGAACCUGGUGGCCUUUCAAUAUCACAGGAAAAUCUUCUAUCGGACCUGCCGGGUCAUCAGGCCAGGUCGCGAGCUUCUGGUCUGGUAUGGGGAUGAGUAUGGCCAAGAGCUGGGCAUCAAGUGGGGAAGCAAGAUGAAGAAAGGAUUCACAGCAGGAAGAGGUGGGUACCACUAUGAUUCCCUAAAAGAGAAAGAGAAGAUGGAUUUCUCCUUGAGAAUUUUCAUUUUCUAACUACUUUUUAAAACAUGAUUUAUGGUAAAUUGAAAAUGUUUAAAUUCAUUAGGGAAAAUGAAAAUGACAAACAGUUCUAUAGGACUUAUAGUGUCAAGUGCUAAAAGCUCACCAUAAACCAACUGCAUAAAAAUCAGCAUCUAGAACAUCCAGAAAUCGGGGUUGGGGAUUUAGCUCAGCGGUAGAGCGCUUGCCUAGCAAACGCAAGGCCCUGGGUUCGGUCCCAGCUCCAAAAAAAAAAAAGGAAGAAAAAAAAAAGAACAUCCAGAAAUCAUAAUAUAGUAGGGAAAAGGAAGAAAAAUGAGAGGGGGGUAAAACAAGAAAAUGAAACGUGAACAGGAACCCUCAAAGGCAUUUUUAGGGAUAAGAUUUCACAACAAGGAGCAGAUACAAUACUGGCCAGGAAUGAGACCCUGGAUGCAACAGAAAGCAGCUCAUAAGUGGGAUAAAUGAAAGAUAAGAAAUAUAGUUCAAAACCCUAGAUUGCUUAAUACAGAUACUAUUGCCCCACCCAUCCCACUCCAGAUUCAGAAUGAAGUGUGGUCAAACACAGACCAGAGCUGUGGUGGUGGCUAUUCAGUUGUCAACUUGACUGUAUCUGGAACAAACUAUAAUCUAGAAGUCCAGUGCACACUUAUGAGAUUUUCUGCUUGGUU